AUGCAUCGCUGCGCCACGGCGUGGGCGGCCAUCCUCGCCUUGGCGCUGGCGCCCCUCGCCGCCAAGGCGCAGAGCCAGGCCGCGAGCAGGGCCGUCAACGACCUAGCCCUCCGCCUGUACGGCGAGGUGUCCAAAUUGGGCACCUCCGACAACGUGUUCUUCUCCCCGCUGAGCAUCUCGACCGCCUUCUCCUUCGUUCACCUGGGGGCGGGUGGCGCCACCCGACUGCAGCUGGAAGAGACCUUCGGGUUUGGCGCUGGGGAUGCCGCCGAGGCCCUGCGCAAGGGGCGGGCUGUAGCGCUGGCCGGCGAGCGGGACGACAGCCUGGAGUUCCUGCUGGCGAACAGGCUCUUCUUGCAGGAAGGGCUGGAGCUGACGGACCGGUUCAACAUGGGCGCGGAGGACGCGGGGCCCAAAGUGCUGGACGAGGUGGACUUCAUGGGUGAUCCAGAGGGGGCCAGGCGGAGGGUGAAUGACUUUGUCAGUGACAAGACGAAGGGGACCAUUGAGGAGCUCAUGCCGCAGGGGUCCGUGACCGCGGACACCGUCCUGGUGAUUGCCAACGCCGUGUUCUUUCAGGCGGCCUGGAAGUACCCCUUCAUCGAAAGCAGCACCGUAGAGAUGCCGUUCAAAGGCUUCAAUGGGGGCGCUGCGCCUGUGCAGAUGAUGAGGCAGAAGGAAACUACUCUCCGCAUUGGCGAAAUCCUUGAUUCCCAGAUCCUUGAGCUUCCUUAUGAGGAUGGGGCUGCAAGCAUGUUGAUAGUUUUGCCAAACGACGAAAGCCAAGAUGAAUUCUCAAAGCUGGAAGCCAACCUGAUGGAGGUGACACUGGAAGCUCUGAGGGGAAGUAUGAACUUUGACGAAGUGGAUGUCUACCUGCCAAGGUUUGGGAUCGAGGACACGACUGAUUUGAAGGCUAUUCUUCCAAAGCUGGGAGUGACAGACCUGUUCAAGUCGAGUGCAGAUUUGUCUGGGAUCAUCAGCACUGAAACUCCCCCCUUGAGGGUUUCUUCAGCACUGCAUAAAGCCAAAAUCUUGGUUGAUGAAAAAGGGACAGUGGCUGCAGGAGCCACCAGCGUUGCUGUCGUGGCAACUUCAGCUUCACUUUCGCCUCCGAAAGUCUUCAUGGCAGACCACCCUUUUGUAUAUUUCUUGAUAGAUGAGGGCGGAACUAUUCUGUUUAUGGGAAAUGUCCGUGGGCUGCCAGCCUGA